GACCUGGUCACGCUUCGGAGCGCCGACGCGAGGCUGGAAGAGUUCCUGCACGGACAUCCGGAGGUGUGGACUAACAGUCACCUCUUGUUUCCGGCAGACGACUCGACGAUUACGGACGAGUUUGUGCAGCGCACAGUCCCCAAGAUUCCUCGCAGCUAUGCCCUGCGAGAGAUGCGACUCGUCAACCUGCCGCUUACGUGGGCGGGGCUGCUGUGGAUCUUUGAUCACUUUGCACACUCGGUCGAUCGGAUCUAUCUGGCGGCUCCGGAAGCAACGCUCGCCGACCUCGCACGCCACCUGUCGAUUUUUGCGGGGAAUCUGGCACUCCUUCAGGACGAGAACAAGAUUCCCAUUACGUUCCGCCAGUACGCUAUCAACCACGCCGAGUACGAAGAUACCCUCGCCCAGACAGAUUACAUGGGCCGGAGCACCUUAAGGGGCUUGCGUCGGCAUCUAGAAACGCUGAGAUUAGAUGAUCCGCCCUUUGAACGCCUCGCUGAACUCUAUGUCGAGAGCACGGACCAUUCGCAGCAG